AUGACGCGGAUCGAAUUUGUUUGUCAAUUCCUUGGAUAAAUACGAUAAGCAUUUGAUCAAUAAAUCGGCGAUUCGCUGUUAAAACAUGUUUAAUGGCACUAAACAAAUAAAGGUCAAAAUUCUUUUAGUGCAUUUCAAACUAUUUGUGGAAUUACGGUUCACAAUACACAUCUAUACAUACAUGUUAUGAAAAGUGUAAGAACGUAUUUUUGACUGCAAGGAAAUAUUUUACGGAUUUUAAAAUAGUGUUCUGGUAAAUGGUUUAUGCACUAAAAAGCGGAAAGCUACAAAACGUUUAUUUUCUUAAGUCAUAAAAAAGUUGUGUUACAGGAGAGACUUUUAAAAGAUGAUAUCCAUGUUGCAUCCAUACAACCCUCAAGCAAUGUUGUUUGCCAUCAUAUUUGUAAUCCAGGGAGUGACGUCAUUUUUAUGUCCAACACGAAGAUGUCCAGAUAUUCCAAUUGAUCCAAUUUGUGGAACAGAUAUGAGGACGUAUAAAAAUUUGUGCAAGCUGCGAGAAAGUUCCUGCAAGAACGGAAAAUCGAUAAAGAUUGCCUACGCUGGCAGAUGUACAGAAUGCGAAGACAAAGAAACUGCGAGAAAGCUGCUGAUACGACAGUUUUUUGAAGUUAGUGGUUCACCUUGUCAAAAGUUUGGCAUCCCAAACGAUCAAACGUUGAGAAUGUGUUUACAGAUGAAUUUUUUAAAACUGGACAAAACAAAAAGACAAUAUGUGAAAUAUAAAACCUUCUCCAUACUCUUUCGCGAUCUUAAAAAAUAUCGCAAGAGCAGAAAAUGCUUAAAAACAAUGGCAAAGCAUUGUGAUGUAAAUAACGACAAAAAAGUUACGGAAGACGAAUUUAUUGGAUGCUUUAUGACAAGUACCAGCUCAGAACGAACUGCCCGCUGUACAGGAAAGUCUAGAGACUUUAAUUGUCUAAAAGAUGGGAAAUACGCAGCCCUGCAAUGUGUUUUAAAUGUGUGCUACUGUUCUGCUGAUGAUGGAAAUGUUAUUAUCCACUUCAAAGAAGAAGACAAACAGAAAUACGAUUGCACCAAAGUGAGAGAAAAUUGGGAAGCUCGAAAAACACUAACAUCAAUAUGUACAGAAUCAGACAUGGAAGAUUUAAUUUCAAAAUACAAAACGAGUAUAGAAGAUGAAAUCAUAGCUAAAGAACCAAAUUUCAUAAAGCCAGUAAAAACAAGCAUUGAAAAUUUCUUAGCUGAGCGUGGUUUUCGAAGUAUGCACACAAUCAAUAAGUUACUUGUUUGGAAAUUCAAGCAGCUUGAUAGAAAUAAAAAUGGCGCACUUCAAGAAAACGAAUUAAAAGUUGUGAAGAACGAGUUAAAAGAUAUUUCGACGCUUUGCACGAAUUCGUUAUUAAAUUCAUGUAAUGUAAACCAGGACUUAUACAUAACUAAAAAGGAAUGGAGAAUUUGCUUAGGGUUUAAAAAAGAUGGCGCAUUUGUUCCGAAAAAAAAGAAAAAGAUGAACGAAAAAGGAAAAAAGAUUCUUCCAACCCGACGUACUGGAGGCUGCCCUCCUGUUGCGUUUUGUACUUUGUCGUGUAAUGCUGGUUUUGAAAGAGAUAAAAAUGGAUGCAUAACAUGCAAAUGUAGAGAUUUUCUCUCUUUUUUGACAACUUGGAAAGGAGAUAUAAAAACGUGAAAAAGAGAGCGCAAACGCUUGGAAUAUUUGUAUAAGAGUUAAGAGGAGGCUUCUCAUAGAUACGCACUGCUGUACAACAACUGUAUAAAACAGAACAGUCGGAAAAGUAUAUUGUAAAACGCAGAUCUGUUUUCCUCAAACUUGUUGUAAUGGAGACACAAGAGUGUAAUGAAUCAAUAAAAACUGACUAGAAAUAACGUUCAUGGUAUCCAUGGAAACUUAAUAAACAACUGAUGUGUAUAAAUAUGAUUGGUUAUUUAUAAAAAGAGAUGUUGAUUUUAUAACUACAUUUGUAAUGGAAAUUAAUUACUUGGUUAUGACCACUUGCAUCCAGUUAGUUCCCAGUGUUUUCUUUCAUUUACCGUUAGGGUAAACUUUCGCGAUGUCACAGCCGUAGCAUAUAGAAUAGCUCU